GACGAUGGCAACGUUCGAGCUGCGCGCCGUCGUGUCGUCGUCGUCAUCGUCGUCUCGCGGAUGGUGCUUGGUAAAAUGAAGUGGAAACGUGCCAUGCGUUACGCGACUGCUCAGGAAAGCGCGAGGGACAUCAUCGCCGUGUGACCGGCGGCUGACAAAUUGUUGGGCUCGCUUCUCUGGCGUGUGUGACGAAAUACGGCUCGCUGGCGGAUCGGGAUACUUCCUCGAGGAUCGCGAAGACGGACGGACGGACGGUCGGAUGAAACGGGGGAAGGACCGAGAGAAAGAGAGAGAAAGGAUUAUCCGCGCUCCAGAGUUCACAUCGUAAGAGAGUUGAAAGUGCGUGGAGAUUUCUUGAAGGAUUUCCCCGAGGAAUUUAGGAAAUUAGCGAUGAGGAGUCUCCGGUACGUGUAGAGAGGACCAGAAGACAGUGCAGAGAGAAGAAACCUACCGACGACGGGUCGGCAUACACUGGUGUUUCGACGCCCGAAAUAAACUCACCGCAUUCUCUCUUCCUUCUCGCACUCUCGCCUUCUUCAUUUUCUAAUAUAAACGCAGACAAGAUGGUUGUCGGAGAAGCAAGUAUACAUAAUAUAAUGGGAGGGAUGGAGACCACGGGUAGCGUGCGGCUUCACAAUCACAAGCGGAAGUUGAAACAAAGAUUUGAUAUCAUAAAGAAAUUAGGACAAGGCACUUACGGCAAGGUGCAAUUAGGAAUAAACAAAGAAACUGGUCAAGAGGUGGCAAUAAAAACGAUUAAGAAAUGCAAAAUAGAAACGGAAGCUGAUUUGAUCAGAAUACGAAGGGAGAUACAGAUCAUGUCGAGCGUUCAACAUCCGAACAUCAUUCACAUUUACGAGGUAUUCGAAAACAGAGAAAAGAUGGUGUUAGUGAUGGAAUACGCAGCCGGUGGUGAAUUGUAUGAUUAUUUGAGCGAACGUAAGGUCCUAAGCGAACUCGAAGCUCGGAGAAUAUUUCGGCAGAUCGCCACUGCCGUCUUUUAUUGCCACAAACACAAAAUCUGCCACAGAGAUCUGAAGCUCGAGAACAUCUUGUUGGAUCAAGUCGGGAAUGCCAAGAUAGCCGAUUUCGGUCUCUCGAAUGUGUUUGACGAACAACGAUUGUUGAGUACAUUCUGCGGUAGUCCGUUAUAUGCGAGUCCAGAAAUUGUGAAGGGAACGCCUUAUCACGGGCCGGAAGUGGAUUGCUGGAGUCUAGGUGUUUUGCUAUAUACGUUGGUCUACGGUGCUAUGCCCUUCGACGGGUCUAAUUUCAAGCGACUAGUCAAACAGAUCUCUCAAUCCGAUUACUUUGAACCCAAGAGGCCAUCUCCUGCCUCACCACUUAUAAAAGAGAUGCUCACAGUAUGUCCCGGUAGACGCGCCGAUAUCGAGAAAAUCUGCACUCAUUGGUGGGUGAACGAAGGCUACGAACAAAAUUGUCUCGAUAUCGCCGAGGAUCUAGCGGCUCAAACUCCUGUACGUUUGGAUCUGUUGCUCUCAUUGGUGCCACAAUCCGCUAGCGCCGAGAAACUGCUGGUGGGCGAUCAGCAGGCUGGCGGAGAUGUCGCGAAUAAUAUGUCUUCCGAAACGCUAGUACCUACCAGAUGCCAUUCGGUCGGUAGCCUAAUGGAACUUGAUCAAAAUAAUUCCGAUAGAAGAAUAAGGGAAUUGUUCGAGGAGGAGCCAAGGUCUUCCGCGGCCGGGGAUGCUAAGAGAAAGCUGGAGACAACACCGUCGAUGGACGAGACGAGCGCGGCGGGGGUGAAGAGAAAAGAAAGGUCCAGAAGAAAAGAGAAGCCAGAUGAGAGAGAAUCCAGAGUGUAUAGAUCUGUGUCGAGGCAUCAUUCAGCUCCAAUUCCAAAUUCUAUAUCAGAGGAAGCGAUGGAGAUGGAGCCUGCAGCUAUUAUAACUGUUCCUACAAGUAAGACUGUUGAUUUUGAUAGAGCGGAAGGUGCAGCGGCUUGUUUAGAGUUGAUCGAAGAAUCAAAAGAGAGAUCGCCAAGUAAGGAAAGGAGUAAGACACCAUUGAUGAGUGAAUGCGAACAGUCACGCGAACUAAUGUCCGCUGAGAACAUUCAGCAAAUAUAUGAGAUUAAUCAAAAGGCAAAUGAGGAAGAUAAGACUCCACAAAAGCAUACUAAGUCUCCUAGCAAAAGUUUAUACGAAGAUGUAGAUAUUGCUUCGGAAAGUGAGAAUAAAACGAAUGAGAUGCCGCUUGACAAGAAAUCAAGUGCCCUGGAAUCAAAAGUGCCAAACGAAAAUGAUACAAAUAUAAAAAAUGAAGCGUAUUUGUCGCAAGAUAUGCUGCAAUUCGAACCAACGGAGAACGAUUUCAAGAAACUCAAAGAGAAGGCACUCUCUUUGGACUCCGAAUUAUCGAAUGAAGUGAUAAGUGCACCUAUUAAACCCGUCGAGAGACGGCGCUCAAAAAUAUUCGAGACCGCCGAGAAAUUUAAUCAGCUAGCCUCUACUGCAGAAAACGAGAAACCUAAGAAGAUAUUUAUUCCUGGUGUUAACGUAGGAGGCGCAAAGCGAGCCUUUGAACGGAAGGCUAGCCUCUCUUCCAUAACCACGCCAUCUCCCACAAAGGUCACCGCGUCUAAAGUUAUUAUUGAUGUGCCAACCGACAAGAAGAGCGAGAAGGAGAUGGAACAAAAACAGACGAUAGGAAGUCAGGAGACCGCGAUCACCGAUGAUAGAUUGAAUAAGCAAGAUGAAGCAAAGAAACGCGCCAUCGAUAUCAUUAGCGGAGCGAUCGGUAAACCUCCGAUGCAAAGAAAGUUGAACGGCUCGCCGCCAAUAUCACCUCAAAGCUCUGACUCUAAGAAACUGCUCGGAUUGAAGACACAAGUAGCACCGAAUGACAUGCGAUCGGCCACUGUCUCCGUCUCCACUCCAAUUGAGACAAAAUUCGAUGGCAAAUCGGCGACACCGGAAUCAACCAUAACUAGCACGUCAACUGCUAAAAAUUCGCAAUUGGAGGAACCUAAGAUGUCGAGUAAAAUGGAGAUAACAUUAAAGAGCGCAACAUUGCCUAGGCGAAAAACUAGCAAAGCCGAAAUUACAUUAUCCGGGGUUAAGCCGCCGGAAACUGUAGCGUUUAAAUCCGAGAUAGAAGCUAAGAUUGAUGCUUUUCAGCCACAGAAACUGCGAACGCAAAGAUCGGAGGUGGCAUUUCCGGUCGCUGCGGUGGGGUUGCCUCGGGCAAAUAGAAGCGCAAGCUUAGAACCGGAAGGUGAACAUCAAGCUGCACCGCCAAGAGAAAGAAUUAUACCAAUUCAGGUGGAGAUGGGAUCUGAGCAGCACUCGACUACACCGCCGCCUAAACCACCACCGAUAUCCCAAAAAUCUAUGUCUCAGCGAUCAGGCUCUCUGUCGCGCCAAUCGACCGCCGAUUCGGACACGGAUAGCGCUCUUGGUUCAACAGUGGGUCCGGAACCCAUCAGGAAGAGCCCUAGGGAGUAUAUAAUUCCUAUUGCAGUGGAGGGUGGCGGUUAUGUCACUCCUAGAUCGGGUAGUUUGGAACCGGAGAGCAAGACCGGUACACCGACGAGCACUAAUCCGCCGAGAUCCCGAUUUGGUAGACCGAGAAGAAUGAGUUCUCUCUUGUCGGAUGCUAGCGAGGACGAGUCUCCAUUUUCUUCAUUGCACGGCGAGGAUCUGUUGCAAAGACACAUGCAUCGAUUGAGGAGUUCACGACCGUCUAGGCAGUCGACCGAGCACGCCGACAGCUUGUCAUCCGGCGAGGACGACGACGAUGAUGGUUUCGAGUUAUUGACGGCUGAAAAUCUAUUUUCGACUUUAUUGUCUAGAGUGCGAAGUCUGACGCAACGACUCAAUGUUGACGACAAUCGAUCUGGUGGUUUCCCGAGUAGCAGACUGUUCAGCCGACUCGGCUCUCAACCAACGUCGCAAGCGUUUUGGGGUCUUAACAAGCCGUUAUCUAGGCGACUUUCGGAAUCGCAGUUUAAACAUUCUCUGAGUCGCGACGCAGAUGUCUUCGCGAGGAGAGAUUCCGCCAGCACUUCCAAUCCCGGAACUCCGAACAGCCCCGGGCCGCGCAGUACACCUUCUAGGGAUAGCGUCUUCGAAAUCGGAAGCAAUACAUUGCCAAGAGAUAGAGUAGAGGAAGUUCGUGAGCGAGACGUAGAAGUGGAGACGACGGCUCAAGUCAGGAAAGACUCACGAGAGUCGCUGGAGCACAAUUUCACUCCCAGCUUGGCGCGCAGAUUGAGCAGGCAAUUUAUCGAGCAGACUCGGCUCUCGAUACCGCGCUCGCCGUCCGUACCGCGCGACGGCAGCAGAUAUUGUCGAUCACCGACGAGAGAGACGCCAACGAGGAAUCUGAUUGGCGAGAUUGCGAGAUUACGGCACUCGGCGACGUCCGAUCAGACCGAAUACAGAUGCAGAUCGCUCGAUAGGAGCGCUAUCAGGAGAAGUAACAGUUUAUUGGAGCCAUCCAGAUCCACAGAACGACAUUCACCGCGGAGAAGUAUCAGUUUGUUCGACGACGACGACGACGAUGAUGAUGGCAGACUGUUGACGCCGCUACCGAAACAUGUGAUGACGCUUGGACGGAAGUACAAAGAGUCGGCUAGAUCGAGCGUCGUUGGUAACGUGAGACGAGAUAAUUUUUACAAUUACAGGACAACGGAAAAGAUCCAGGAGGAACCCGGCGACGAUCUUGCGUCUGGCUGCAAAGAGGACACUGAUAACGCCAUGGAGAACGGCUCUAUAUCGGAAGGUACAUCGAUAUCCGUAUGCAACUCAAAUGCCAAUCUGAUCGACACUACCACUACUUCAAGCGGCGUGUCAGCCAGAUCCUGCGAGACCUCACCCACAGAGUCGUCAUCGAAUCUAGGUGAUUACACGAACAAGUCGAUCGGUAAAUCCGAUCACUCGUUCAUGAGCUUUGAGAGUCGUUUGCUGGCGGCGGAGAAUCUGAUUAAGGAGUCGAAAUUGAAGAACCUAACACCGCAGCGAUUCAAUCCGAAUCUUAGCUGUAAUUACAAGGACACGGACAAGUGCGACAAGGAGGCAUUGAUCACCGCCUCGUCUCCGGACUCUUCGUCGACUAACUCCAUCAUAUCCAAGAGACGUAGCUGCAUCCCGAGUCUCAGAUUACGUUCGGGCUCAUUGACUAGAGAGCCUAGCAUGAACGCGGACUGCAGGAAGUCAUUCACCGGCUCGCAGGACGCGCUGGCCGGAAAUGUAAAUCAAGAAAGAUCAAUAUUAAGCAAAUUCUUCAGAAGUAGCAGCAAGGAGAUUGAGCCGAAGAACAACAACAAACAAGAUCAGAAGCCUAAACAGCAUCGGAUCUCGCGCUUUCUGCGACCGGAUUUUUUCGACACGCCGCGAGAGGAAAGUCAAUAUGUGAAGGAGAAGGAGGCGCAAAAAGCGGCAGAAAACGAGCGCCGAAAAUCACGAUUCAUGAGACGAAAAAGCGAGAAUAAGGAGAUCGAGAGUCCGAAGAGCGAGAGCGCGAAGGAUGAGAGAAUUUGCAAGGAGCAGAAAAACGAGAUGAACACGUUACAAAGAGAUAAACUGGACAGCGUUGUCGCCUCUUCCGCUUCUUUCUCUUCUUUGGAGGUCAAAUCCAAGAACGAGGACAAGGAGAAAGCGAAGGUGGAACGCGCUUCCGGCGCGAAGAGCGGCUUCCUGCAUUCAUUGGAGAAAAAAUUGGAGAGAUUGCGCGUGAGUGACGAGACAAUGGCGAGCGCGAAGCCGAUGUUGAACAGCAAUGAUCGAAAGGAACGCGAAGGCUCGGCGCCGCCUGUUACGUGUCCCUCUGCUGAAUUGACAGGCGCGAAGAGAACGCUGAGUGUGGAGAAUCUAUCGUUAGACAAAAAUGCCGAAGUGAAAAGCGUGCCAUCGGCCAAGGGACGGAUGACGUCAAUGUUGGGGCUGUUCAAGACGAACGCGGAUACGAAGCAGAAUGGCAGCGGCCGAUCACAGAACGCGAUCAUGAGCAGAUUGAAGAGAAGCCCGCCCAAGUGCGCCAAGUCGACCGAGUCGGAAGAAGAUAGCGCGAUGAGCAGAAUACCGACCAAGUUCGUCAAGGCCGACAACAAAUCGGGGAAGAAGAUGCCGGAGAAUAAGAAAUCGCCAGAGAAAGUGACGAGUGAGUUCAAGAGAUCGCCGCCCAAGGAGAAGCCGAGAGAAAAAGAGAUGAUCGUUAAAGAGAAGAGACCUCUAAUGGAAAAGCAGUCGAGGGAGCUUAAAAGAGGAUCAGAAAAAAUCGUACAAUUGGACUCCUCCGCGGAUAAAACAAAAUUACAGAAAGCGGAGUCGCCGAAAAAAUUAUUGGACGAAUCAGACUCUCAGAGAAUAAUAGAUAAUAAACACACAGAGUCCAUUAUUAGUGGCGAAGACAAGAAACUGAUGAAAACCAAAAAGAAUAUUAGUUCUCUGAGCAAGAACGGAUCUAUCGCAAAAAUCGACAAAGGCGAGGACAUCGAAAAGAAGACCAAGAAGCUGGUGAAAUCAAAGGACAGCGUGGAAAAAGAUGAGAUCAACGGCACUAAGAAGAAGAGAAUAGUGCGUGUCGUGAAGAAAGUCGUGAAGAAAUCAUCCGAUAGUUCGGAGAGCAAGUCUGAUGAGAAAGGGAAAUCGUCAAAGCCAUUGGCGAAAAAGAAACUCGUAAUGAAGAAGGAGAGCAGUCCUGAAGCGCCGAAUGUUAUGACACAAGAUUUGAUUAAGAGGAAUAAUCUCGAUGAUCAAACCAUCGCGAAAUCAUCCUGUUUGAAACAGACGGAAUCGGACAUUCAGAAAAUGUCAUUUACGAAGUCUGACAAUGCUAGCGAACAUCUUACGCAAAGUACAGAUAUGCCGUCUAAAGUCGAUAUUUCGGAAAAUCAAACUAGAUCGAACAAGUGUGACUUGUCAUCCACCAAUCCGACAAGUCCCGUGCUUCAGAAUGCUUCGAAUUCUAAUAUCAAUCAGAUUAAACAAUUGCCGGAACAACAUCGACCGAGCAGAGCAGGUCUGAAACUUGAUUUAUCCAAGAUACCGCAGCACACAUUCAGACACGCGACUCCAAAGAGGGACUCGCCUAAGUCCGGAUCGCCUAAAGCGAAUCCUGUUGUUGGAUCACCCAAGUCGGAUGUUUCUGUGGCGGAGAGUGACGAUAAACUGAUAGAGUGUCUGUCGAAGAUGACGCAUCAUGCCAAUAUCACAGGUAACAAAAUCAUUAUCGAUAAGCCCCUGCGUGCUAAGGAUGUCGCUGAACUGAAGCGAGAAGUCACCGAGUGCGUCAGGAUUAUGGAGAAUCACGUGGAGUCGCGAAACGAUUGUUCACAAAUUGUCGAUGAUUGUUUGGCGUUUGACUCGGUGAGCGAGAAGCCGAAUGAAAGUGCGAUAGAUCUGCCUAAAAAAAUCGACGACGCGGACCACGCGAAGAUGGCUAAAGAGUCGCCAUUAGAAGAAUGUCUGACCAGCGAAAUGUUCUCGCCCGAAGAACCGGAGAGCUUCGAUUCCUGGUCAAUCUGCUCGGCUGACUUGAAUCACAAUCGCGGCGAUUUGCAUUCGCCGCUGCUGUACUCACCGACGUCGCCGACGUCAUAUUCCUUAUUUAUGCGCGGCGAUAGUUCAGAGUCAGUGAUAGACCGAAUACGAAGGCGCAGUUUCUACUCGAGGUUUAAUGAUCGGAAGAGGCCGUCUCUGACGGCGCCGCCGCCGGGAGUAACCAGCGCGACUCUGCCUAGGAGAUUCAGCCUCAAUAGCUCUAGGGAAAGGGAGCGCAGUAGAUUAUACAACUAUGGCAUUUCCAGGACGAAGUCGGACAAUAGAUACGGUUUGUAUAGUGAUGAGAUAUCCUGCAGAAAAUCGCCGAUCGAUCGAGAAAGAUAUAGCGACGCGUCGUCGCAUGGCCAUCAAAGUCCGGAGGCGAAAUCGCUCUAUGAUUAUUUGCCGUCUUCCUCUUAUGAUUCCUCGAAGAGAUACGUGAAGUCUCCGACCUUGGAUCUGUCCGCGUCACGCGUCAAAUAUCAUAGUACGGAUGUCAUCGCUGAUAAUGAUCUCGCGGUCUCAGGAUACAAGAAUACCACCAUGUCGAGAUCGUCCCUGAACGAUGGCGGUACAACGGCGGAUUUUUAUUGUGGUAAAAGCGCAUCGACCACUCUGCCGAGAAAGUACGGCUCCACCGUCGGUGGUCUGAAGCCGAAAAGUGUAGAGUACUACGAGGAGAUCUUGUCGCCGAGUAAUUCUGACUAUCUAUCACCGCGCGACACUUGCCGAUCGCCGUUGCUGGACGGCUAUUUAGGCAGAUGCGAGAACGGAUAUCACAACAAUGGCAAUAUCGCGGAUCUAUCGCAAUUCGGUGCCGAUAGGCAAAGGUCUUAUACUGAUAGAAUGGAUGUGGAGCUCGCCGAAGGGAACAGCAAACUAUUUGAAACAUAAUGCAACACUUCAGCGAAACGAGAGAUCCUCGAUAGCUGCAGAUACAUCUGUUAUGGAACAGAACUGAUUUUUAUUUCAGAUAGAGAAAAUAAUUUUAUAAGAAUAAUAUACCAAACAGGAGAAAAUGCGGCGUCUUACUAUUAUACAACGAUUUUAUAUAAUAUAGAUUUAUAAUAUAUCAGAGAGUGAAUCUCAUUGCGCGUCAAAGUGUCUCGCGCUUCUUUGUCACGAUGAUGAAAUAGUCGCGACGACAAGUAAAGAUGGAACCAAGAAAUAUUAAAUGAAUACAUCAUAAGUAUAAUUGAUGUUUGGUUAUAAGCAAGAUUUUCGACUGAGUUAGCGAGUCAUUUCUCUAGCAAGCUCGGAAAUUUUGAGCUGCAAAAAAUUGAUAAUUUUCAGAAACUAUUUUAUAUAUUAUAUUGUGAAGGGAGAAACUUAAUCAAACUUUAUUAAAUAAUAAAUGAUAUAUAUUUUCAAGUUUUGAGAAACUUAUAUUUUUCACGUUAUAAAGUUUCGAAUUUGAUUGAUUCGAUUUGUCGAAAUGUCCGAAUAAAAAUUUUUACAUAGAUAAUUACAUAGUUAUAAUAGAGAGUACACUCAUAAAACAUAAAAGCUUUAGAUUUUCUGUUUUUUUUUUUUAUUGUAAGAAGAUAUGUAUAAGCAAUUGUUAAAUCAUGUCGUCAAAGGAUUAUCAAAAUAGUACCUCGCAUGAUUAGCUUUCUUAUAACCGGAGAAAAAUCAGUGUGUACGUUUGAAAUUUUAAAACUUUUUUUUUUAGAUAUACAUCGCGUACUCCUUUCUGACUCAAAGAUUGCGAUCCAAAUAUGACGUAAAUUUCUUUUAACAUAUAAAUAUUCAGAAAUUUGAAUUCAUUUUUCUUCAGUCGUUCUUUGGAUCAGAAAGGAAGAAAUGUAAAACAAAAUAUUUUGGCUAUUUUUUAUCAAAUUUACUUUAGAAUAUAUUCAAAUUUCUUCCAUAGCGGAAAAUAAUUGCAUUAUUUUUGUAAUUUUAAUGCGGAUUUUACAAGAGUAUACUUUGGCUCCAAUAUUUAUAGAAAUAUAAAUAUAAAGAUCGGCAGCUAUAUAUUAUAAUUAUCGCGGACAGUAGAGAUACAACGAAGAAAUCUGGCGAUUGUCAUCAUUCAUUUCAGAACUCGUGUUCCAAAGUGUCCACUGCUUUACGAAUUUAAAUUGUGUGCAUAUAGCCAUUUUCUUUUUUUUUAAAUAUACUUGACAUUCAUAUUUUUUUACCAUAAUUAUGUGCAUAGUGCUACAUGAAGAAUAGAUUUUCAAUUAAAUCGAAUACAGUAAAGAAAUGUAUUCACAGCGUCAUCAAUUAAUAACUGAUUAAACAAUACAACUGAUUAACGUAUGCGUAACGAUUUAUUCGAAGCAGCGUGACGCUUUAGGGCGCAAUGUUUGAGACUAGUAGAAAGAAACGGCGCUUUAGUUCCUCUUAUAUCUUAUACAGUCAAAAACUUCCAAAUUCUUUUUUCCAUAUUUCUCCAUUCUUUCUUCCCUCCCUUUCUCUUGCCAUGCUCUCUCAUUAUUCUUCAUGUUUGACAUUCGCAUAUGUAAAGAGCGAAGCAGGAGAGAAAAAUCGGAGAAAGAAUAAGAAUUAUAUACGGAAGGAAAGAAUAAGAAAGGCAUGACUGUACAUCUUUGUGAAAAAUUUCUGUUUAAUUACACAAGAAAAAGUAGACAACGAUGUAUAGGCCUAGAAAUCUUUUUGCCUGAUCGACCACGGUCUUCCGCUUGUUAUGUAUGUGUUUUCUAUCGAUAUACAUAUUUUAAAAUAAAUAUAUAUAU